AUGACCAACACUUUCUCUUUGGAUUUUAAAAGCUCGGCAUUGCUUAUCUCUCUAGUCCUUGUCCCUAUUGUCAUCCUGUUCGUUGCCGUGGCUGUGGCCAUUUCGUGCUCCGAACACUGCCCCUGCCGAUUCGCGAGACCUGCUUGGCUAGAGCGUCUCAUUCCUCGGAGACGGGGAUACAGAAAGAAGAGAAGCCGUUCUGAUCCCGAAGGCGGCACCAAUACGCAGUGGACUGAGGCCUCGGAGUCUCCGCUCGAGUACGCAGAGCCCGUUCGAAGUCGAGAGCACGUUUAG